CCUAUCUUAAGCACUCCCGCCCUCCCUCGCUGCUGCGCUUUUAAAUCCUCUCCGCCUUUGCCCCGCCUCUGGUCCGCCCCAUCUGAGGCGGGACCCUCCGGAAAACUCCCGGCCCGCCCGGUCUAGCGCUCCACUAGCUGCUGCAGCCCCUACCUUGUGUGCAGCUUUCCAGCCCACUUGGACGCUCUCCACAGUCACCACAGUUGUUCAGAAUGGCCAACAGGGGACCUUCAUAUGGCCUGAGCCGAGAGGUGCAGCAGAAGAUUGAGAAACAAUAUGAUGCAGACCUGGAGCAGAUCCUGACCCAGUGGAUUACCACCCAGUGCCGCAAGGAUGUGGGCCGGCCUCAGCCUGGGCGUGAUAACUUCCAGAACUGGCUUAAGGAUGGCACGGUGCUGUGUGAACUCAUUAAUUCACUGUACCCUGAGGGGCAGGCCCCCGUAAAGAAGAUCCAGGCCUCUCCCAUGGCUUUCAAGCAAAUGGAACAGAUCUCUCAGUUCCUGCAGGCAGCUGAGCGCUAUGGCAUCAACACCACUGACAUCUUCCAAACUGUGGAUCUCUGGGAAGGAAAGAACAUGGCCUGUGUGCAGCGGACACUAAUGAACUUGGGUGGGCUGGCGGUAGCGAAGGACGAUGGGCUCUUCUCUGGGGAUCCCAACUGGUUUCCUAAGAAAUCCAAGGAGAACCCUCGGAACUUCUCGGACAACCAGUUGCAAGAGGGCAAGAAUGUGAUUGGGUUACAGAUGGGCACCAACCGUGGGGCAUCUCAAGCAGGCAUGACUGGGUACGGGAUGCCACGUCAGAUCCUCUGAUUCCACUCUGCUCCUGCCCCUGCCCUCCCACGAAUGGUUAAUAUAUAUGUGUAUAUAUGUUUUAGCAAUGACAUUCCCUGAGAGCCUCUGGAGCUCCAAGCUCCCCUCUGCCAGGGUGGGGUCCAACCUAUCUUGCUGCCCUUGGCAGUGCCUGAUGGCUGCCUCUCCCUCUGUGCUUACUAAUACAUUCCUUCCC